AUGGCCGACGUCGACGCUCCUGCUGCCGCCGAUGGCGCUCACAAGCGUCCUGAAAAGCCCGACGAAGCCAAGUUCAAGGAAGCCCUUGCAAAGGCCGAAAAAGACCACGAGGCUGCCCAAGCUCGCUUCAAUGCUAUCCGAGCCAAGCUAGACAGCGCCCGUCCUGGAAAAUCCACUCCCGCCAACGAUCGCUUCAAGGAAUUGGUCGACGAACAAAAAUCCAUCCGUCAGAAGCAGCAGGAACACAAGGCGGCCAAGGCUGGACAACAGGAAAAGUUCAACCAGAACGAUGCCUUGAUCAAGAAGCUGUUCGCUGAACAAAAGGAAGCUCGCAGCCGUGCUGGAUUCAAAAGUCCCGAGGAGAUCGAUGCGAAAAUUGACAGCAUCACAAAGCAGGUCGACUCCGGCCAUAUGAAACUGGUCGACGAAAAGAAGGCACUUGCCGAGAUCUCGGCUCUGCGCCGCCAAAAGAAAGGCUUCGUGGGCUUGGACGACCUGCAGAAGAAGAUCGACGAGAAAAAGGCGGAGAAUGCUGAACUAAAGAAAUCGUUCGACAACCCCGAGUCCCGAGCCCUCUCCCAAAAGUUUGAAGACAACCAGAAAGAGCUCGAUGAAAUCAAGGCUGCACGCGAAGAUACCAAUAAGAACUACGACACCUUGAAGGCUGAGCGAGACCGCCUGUACGAGGAGCAGCAAGCGACUUACGCCGCCAUCAGGAAGGUCAAGGAUGACUAUUAUGCCCAGAGGAAAGCUUACAAGGAGUAUGAAGACACGGUCUACCAGCAACGGCGAGAACGACAAAAGGCCGAGCGCGAGGCGUACGAGAAGGAAAAACGCCGUCGCAUCGCCGAGCAGAAGCUCGAAGAAGCCUCCGAGCCAGCAUUCCUGGAUCAAAUCCGCACCGCCGAAGGCCUGAUCCGCCACUUUGACCCGAGCCAUCAGAACGAUGAAGGCGACAAAGGACCUGGUCAGUUUGCUGCUACUGCCCAGCGAACUGUUGAUGAGUCUGGCUUCAAGGGCAUGAAGGUGAUGAGGAAGGAAGACGAGGACUUCUUCGUUGGUAGUGGAGGCAAGAAGAAGGGCAAGGGCAAGAAAGGCGCUGCUGCCCCCACCGACUCUGGCAAGCUCAAUAUGAACAUCGGUAUCAUCGAAGAGCUAGCCAAAGUUGGGGUCGACCCUCCAAGCACCCAGGCCGAUGUUCCUGGUGUGGUUGAGAAACUCAAAGAUAAACUGGCCGCCUGGAAGAAGGACCAGGACACACAAACCCAAAAGAACAUCGAAAAAGCCAAGAAAGAGAUCGAGAAGCUCGAACAAGAAGCACUCGAUGCAUCCAACGCUCCGUCAACAAGUGCCCGAAGUGGUCGUUACAACCACGCAAAGAAAGUGGCGUCAAAGGAUGUGGGCGUAAACGGACCUGUCUCUGCGGAUGGUGAGCUAGCUCAAGAGAAAGACGCAGUUGCCGAUGUGGCCAAGGAGCUGCAGGAAGCGAAGAUUGAGGACAAGGAGAAUGAGGCGGCUGAAGCCUCACAGUGA